GCCCACCUGCCUGCUUCUUCCAAUCCUCGCAGCCCUCAGAGAGCCAACCAACCUCAGUCUCGAGGUUUUCCCGCGAGAAGGUUUUACUAAUAUCCUGGAGGCUACAGGGCGAAAUUCCGGGUGAAGUGUAGUUGUGCGCCAGGAAUCCGAGCUUGAAACUUUCGCCGGAAGACAGCUGCAGAAGUUGGGAUCACGCGCGGCGAGGCAAGAUGCUCAAGUCCAAAACUUUCUUAAAAAAGACGCGGGCUGGAGGCGUGAUGAAGAUCGUGCGGGAGCAUUACCUGCGAGAUGACAUCGGCUGCGGUGCUCCCGGUUGCGCGGCGUGCGGCGGUGCGCAUGAGGGACCUGUCCUCGAGCCUCAGCCCCUGGACCCGGCCAGCAGCCUCUGCCCGCAGCCACACUAUUUGCUGCCUGAUACCAACGUGUUGCUGCACCAGAUUGAUGUUCUCGAGGACCCUGCGAUCAGGAAUGUCAUUGUACUACAAACAGUUCUCCAAGAAGUGAGAAAUCGGAGUGCUCCUGUAUAUAAACGAAUCCGAGACGUGACUAAUAACCAGGAGAAGCAUUUCUAUACAUUUACUAAUGAGCACCACAGAGAAACUUAUGUAGAACAACAACAAGGAGAAAAUUCUAAUGACAGGAACGAUAGAGCCAUUCGAGUAGCAGCAAAAUGGUACAAUGAACAUUUGAAGAAAAUGUCAGCAGAGAAUCAGCUGCAAGUUAUCUUCAUAACCAAUGACAGGAAAAACAAAGAGAAAGCCAUAGAAGAAGGGAUACCAGCUUUUACUUGUGAAGAAUAUGUAAAAAGCUUAACUGCUAACCCCGAACUCAUAGAUCGUCUUGCUUGUUUGUCUGACGAAGGGAAUGAAAUAGAAAGUGGAAAAGUAAUAUUUUCAGAGCAUCUUCCAUUAAGUAAGCUGCAGCAAGGCAUAAAAUCUGGUACAUACCUUCAAGGAACAUUUAGAGCCAGCAGGGAAAAUUACCUAGAAGCUACAGUGUGGGUUCAUGGUGACACUGAAGAAAAUAAAGAGAUAAUCUUACAAGGACUUAAAAAUUUAAACCGAGCUGUUCAUGAAGAUAUUGUGGCUGUGGAGCUUCUUCCCAAGAAUCAGUGGGUAGCACCAUCUUCUGUGGUUUUACAUGAUGAAGGUCAAAAUGAAGACGAUGUGGAGAAGGAAGAAGAGAGAGAACGCAUUCUCAAGACUGCUGUAAACGAGAAAAUGUUAAAGCCGACAGGUAGAGUUGUCGGAAUCAUCAAAAGGAACUGGAGACCGUAUUGUGGCAUGCUUUCCAAGUCUGAUAUUAAGGAGUCAAGAAGACAUCUCUUUACACCUGCUGAUAAGAGAAUCCCUAGAAUUCGGAUAGAAACCAGACAGGCCUCUACAUUAGAAGGACGGAGAAUUAUUGUUUCCAUUGAUGGUUGGCCCAGAAAUUCCAGAUAUCCAAAUGGACACUUUGUAAAAAAUUUAGGCGAAGUUGGAGACAAAGAGACGGAAACGGAAGUUUUGUUACUUGAGCAUGAUGUUCCCCAUCAGCCCUUUUCACAGGCUGUUCUUAGCUUCUUACCGAAGAUGCCCUGGAGCAUUACGGAGAAGGACAUGAAAAACCGAGAAGACCUGAGACAUCUGUGUGUUUGCAGUGUGGACCCCCCAGGAUGUACUGACAUAGAUGAUGCUCUCCAUUGCAGAGAGCUUGAAAAUGGAGAUUUGGAGGUUGGUGUUCACAUUGCUGAUGUUAGCCACUUUAUUAGGCCAGGAAAUGCUUUGGAUCAAGAAUCAGCUAGAAGGGGAACAACAGUGUAUCUUUGUGAAAAGAGGAUUGACAUGGUUCCAGAGUUGCUUAGCUCUAACUUAUGUUCCCUGAGAUCUAACGUUGACAGGUUAGCAUUUUCGUGUAUUUGGGAGAUGAAUCACAAUGCUGAAAUCUUAAAAACGAGGUUUACCAAAAGUGUCAUUAAUUCAAAGGCUUCCCUUACAUAUGCUGAAGCUCAGAUGAGAAUUGAUUCUGCAGCCAUGAAUGAUAGUAUUACUACUAGUCUCCGUGGACUAAAUAAACUAGCUAAAAUUUUGAAAAAAAGAAGAAUUGAAAAAGGGGCUUUGACCCUUUCUUCUCCAGAAGUUCGAUUCCACAUGGAUAGUGAAACUCAUGAUCCGAUAGAUCUGCAGACCAAGGAACUUAGAGAAACAAAUUCCAUGGUGGAAGAAUUUAUGUUACUUGCCAAUAUCUCUGUUGCAAAAAAAAUCCAUGAAGAAUUUUCUGAGCAUGCUCUGCUUCGAAAACAUCCUGCUCCUCCUCCAUCAAAUUAUGAAAUUCUUGUUAAGGCAGCUAAAUCCAAGAAUUUGGAAAUUAAAACCGAUACAGCCAAGGCUCUGGCUGACUCCCUGGACCGGGUGGAUUCGCCUAUUUUCCCAUAUCUAAAUACCCUGUUAAGGAUAUUAGCCACCCGCUGUAUGAUGCAAGCUGUGUACUUCUGCUCUGGAAUGGAUAAUGACUUUCAUCACUAUGGCUUAGCAUCCCCAAUAUACACACAUUUUACCUCACCCAUCCGAAGAUACGCAGAUAUCAUUGUUCAUCGUUUGUUGGCUGUGGCCAUCGGGGCUGACUGUACGUACCCGGAGUUGACAGACAAACACAAGCUUGCAGAUUUAUGUAAAAAUCUCAAUUUCCGGCACAAAAUGGCGCAAUAUGCUCAGCGCGCAUCAGUGGCUUUUCAUACCCAGUUAUUCUUCAAAAGCAAAGGAAUAGUAAGUGAAGAAGCUUAUAUUCUGUUUGUGAGAAAGAAUGCUAUUGUGGUUUUGAUUCCAAAGUAUGGCUUAGAAGGUACAGUGUUUUUUGAAGAAAAGGACAAACCAAAGCCACGACUUAUUUAUGAUGAUGAGGUACCAUCUCUUAAAAUAGAAGAUACAGUGUUUCACAUAUUUGAUAAAGUUAAAGUGAGAAUCAUGCUAGACUCAUCUAAUCUUCAGCAUCAGAAAAUCCGAAUGUUGCUGGUAGAACCACAGAUACCAGGAAUAAGUGUUCCUACUGAUACCUCAAACAUGGACAAUAGUGAACCAGAGAGAAAGAAGAAGAAGCUACAAAAAUAGCUACAGUCAGCAACAACAAGAACAAAAAAACCUUCAAAGAUUUGUUUUCUUUAAAAAAAGCUGGAGAGAACACUUCUAAACCUAAUAACUGAGUGAUAUAGUUUGUUACUUUUAAGUAUAUUUUAAUAAUUUUUAAAAUUUGCAUUUUUAUUGAACUGUUGAAUGUGUCUGUCUCAUCAUACUACUUUCAUUUCUGGAGUGAACAGAACUAUUUAUGCAGAAAUACUCAAUUGAAUAACCAUCACUUAAAUAGUGACAGGAUAGCAACUUGAGGGCUCUGUAAAGAACAUUUAAAGGGAACAUUCGUCUGCUCAUCGAAGCUCAUUGAAGAGCAGAUGAAUCUUGCAUAAGUAAUAUGAUUAUUUACAAUUCAUAGAAAAAAACUAUAAUUUUCCUAUGGAGAAAAGUAGAACCUUUUUAGAGCAAGGAACAAUUUAAUCUUUUUAAGUCUUGAAAGCUGUCACUGUAUAUAGAAUGGCAGUUUGAUUUCAAGACAGUGAAGUCAAGAGCUAUUCAGAGAAUUGAGCAUUUCAUCUCCUUUGCCAUCUUUAAUUUACCUAAGUUAUAGUAAGCAUUCCCUGUUAAAAAGCCUCCAGCAUUUUAUUACUGGUCCUUGAACAGCCAAAUGUUUGGGAACCAGAUGUUAUGAGAAAGUGAAGUAGAAUAUUUUGAUCUGACUGUAAUAAUAGUUGUUCUUAAAAACAAGAUAAUAAGUGUGAUCUCCUCCUUGACCUCCAGCUCGAGUAUCUCCCCGAAAAUAAGGCAUUAAAGUUCAAGAAUAGAGAUGGCACUUUAAAUGUUGCAUCCUGUAACUUAUAAAAGUAGGUCAUGAAUAGCUUGUAAAUUGCUCAGUGGAAAUGAAUCUGACUAGGAACCAUGAGGUUGCGGGUUUGAUCCCUGGCCUUGCUCAGUGGGUUAAGGAUCCGGCGUUGCCUUGAGCUGUGGUGUAGGUUGCAGACGCGGCUCAGAUCCCAUGUGGCUGUGGUGUAGGCUGGCAGCUACAGCUCCAAUUCAACACCUAGCCUGGGAACUUCCAUAUGCUGCAGGUGCAGCCCUAAAAGGCAAAAAUGAAAAAAAAUUGCAUAUAUAUCAGGUUAUGUAGGAAAGAAGGUGUUGUGUGAGGACUGCACAGGGAACAGAUGGAAGUACCGCUCUUUCAUGUGUCACAGUGACUACUUCCCUUGCCAACCACAAAGAUUAGCCACGAUCACAUUGGUGUUUUCACCAAUACUUUGAAGUACAGAUAACUUAAAACAUUUCACUUUGCUUAUUCAAUUUCUAGAGGACUGACACUGCACCAGAUUCAUCACUAAGUAACCUAUCUCUGCCUUGAAGGAGCUUGAGGUACAGUGAGAAAGACUGGCAGAUCCCUCAGCAGGUGUAUGUGGGGGUGGUUGCCAUGUGUACAAAUCACUCAGGCACUCAGUAAUUGUUAAAAUGAUGGUUCCCGUUUCCUUUCACUGAGGAAAACCUCCAUACACUGAGGCAGCACUUGUGUCAGUGGGAGAAAAUAGCCCUGAGUGGUCGAACAUCAGGGUGCGUGGCAGCAGACCUUUUCUGUAAAGGUCAGACGUGUCAGGCCCUGCCAGCCGGGUGGUUCUCUCACACCCUCUGCUCUUAGCAAGAGAAUGGCUGCAUCCCAACAAGAUCUCAUUUACGGAUAGAGAAACCUAACAGUUCACAUUUUUCAUUUAACAAAAAUACUAGUUUUGUGUAACAAAAUACUAUUUCCAUACUGUAUCCCCCACCACCACCUUGUAAAAUUCUUUGCCCACAGGCCAUAGUUUACCUGCAGGGAAGGAAAACGGGGACUUCUUGGUAAACAAGUCUGUGCCGACUCCCUUUCCCAGUUUGCUUUCCUGUGCCUCAUUAAUGAGGAAGGCCUGAUUCGGGCUCUAGACCCUAUUGAGUGAUUCGAGAUGACCAGAAACCUCCUUUUCUAAAGUGCUUCAAAUGCCAUUUCUUACACUAAGCAGCGUACAUGAAAUAUUUCAUUUCAAAGGCCCUGUUGGCCAGGGGGUGAAAAAAAAAAAAAGGUUGGGUAAGGACUAUUAUCCCCAUUUAACAGAUGGGGGGAUUGAUGGAGGUUUGCAAACUAUUUCAGGUAGUAAGUGACAGGAAGAGAGAGAUCUGCAUCCACGUUACAGGCACAACUUUGUUUUUGACUUGUGCUAUUAACAAAAAAAAAAAAAAAAAAAAA